GCAGCCGAGAGACCGAACCUGCCGCUGCCCGAUGAGAGGCGCCCCCGGCCGGCCGGGGCAUGGCUGGGCCGCGCUGCGCUCAGGCUCCAGUCACAUUUGACGACGUCGCUGUCUAUUUCUCUGCGGAGGAGUGGGCGGAGCUAGCAGAGUGGCAGAAGGAGCUGUACAAGGACGUGAUGAGGGACAACUACGAGGCUUUGAUCUCCCUGGGACAUGCUGCCGCUAAACCUGACAUUAUCUGGCUGAUUGAACGUGGGGAAGAGCCGUGUGUCAAGGGUCACAAGGACUCGGGGAAUGGAAAAGCUUUUAACUUCAUCUCAGUUGCUGAGAUCAGGGGGAAGAAGGAGACUUAUCCGCAGGAGACUCUCAGGGGAUUGGAAGUGCCCAGGCUGUUAGCAGGGGGACCCACAGAACGUGGCCUCCAGAGCUCGGACAGGGAAUUAGCCUGUCAGGCUCAGUCCAGCUCAGAAGAUCAUCAGGGAAACUCUGCCAGAAGUGGAGUGGAGCCACCUCCUCCUUGGCAAAGCGGGUUCACUGCAGCCACCUGGCAACGCUGCUGCCUGGGAUGUGAGCAGGCAGCUCCCUUUGAACUCUCUGGGGGACGCCCGCGUGAUGCUGAGGACAGGUUCUGGCCCUUGGACGUCCUGGCUCCCCAGCCAUUCACUCCUGCAGAGACUCUGUAUAAAUGUAUCCAGUGUGAGAAAUGGUUCACUCACCUGCCAGCUGCAGGCGGUCACGGCGGGACCCCCAUGGGAGCAGAGCCCUCCAUGUGCCCCAAGUGCAAGGGGAGCCGUGGGGAGAGCUCUCAUCUUAGUGCAUGUCAGAGAAUCCCCCCAGGAGAGACCCUCUGUCUGUGCACUCGCUGUGAGCAAAGCCCAGCCCGGCCCGCGCCCCAGAGAAUCCCCCCAGGAGAGACCCCCUGUCUGUGCACUCGCUGUGAGCAAAGCCCAGCCCAGCCUGUGCCCCGGAGAACCCCCCCAGGAGAGACCCCCUGUCUGUGCACUCGCUGUGAGCAAAGCCCAGCCCAGCCCCUGUCCCAGAGAACCCCCCCAGGAGAGACCCCCUGUCUGUGCACUCGCUGUGAGCAAAGCCCAGCCCAGCCUGUGCCCCGGAGAACCCCCCCAGGAGAGACCCCCUGUCUGUGCGCUCGCUGUGAGCAAAGCCCAGCCCGGCCUGUGCCCCGGAGAACACCCCCAGGAGAGACCCCCUGUCUGUGCACUCGCUGUGAGCAAAGCCCAGCGCAGCCCCUGCCCCAGAGAAUCCCCCCAGGAGAGACCCCCUGUCUGUGCACUCACUGUGAGCAAAGCCCAACCCAGCCCGCAUCCCAGGGAAUCCCCCCAGGAGAGACCCCCUGUCUGUGCGCUCGCUGUGAGCAAAGCCCAGCCCAGCCUGUGCCCUGGAGAACCCCCCCAGGAGAGACCCCCUGUCUGUGCACUCGCUGUGAGCAAAGCCCAGCCCGGCCCCUGUCCCAGAGAAUCCCCCCAGGAGAGACCCCCUGUCUGUGCGCUCGCUGUGAGCAAAGCCCAGCCCAGCCUGUGCCCUGGAGAAUCCCCCCAGGAGAGACCUCCUGUCUGUGCGCUCGCUGUGAGCAAAGCCCAGCCCAGCCCCUGUCCCAGAGAAUCCCCCCAGGAGAGACCCCCUGUCUGUGCGCUCGCUGUGAGCAAAGCCCAGCCCGGCCUGUGCCCAGAGAACCCCAGGAGAGACCCUGUCUGUGCGCUCGCUGUGAGCAAAGCCCAGCGCAGCCCCUGCCCCAGAGAAUCCCCCCAGGAGAGACCCCCUGUCUGUGCACUCGCUGUGAGCAAAGCCCAGCCCAGCCCCUGUCCCAGAGAAUCCCCCCAGGAGAGACCCCCUGUCUGUGCACUCGCUGUGAGCAAAGCCCAGCCCGGCCCCUGUCCCAGAGAAUCCCCCCAGGAGAAACCCUCUGUCUGUGCACUCGCUGUGAGCAAAGCCCAGCCCGGCCUGUGCCCCGGAGAACCCCCCCAGGAGAGACCCCCUGUCUGUGCACUCGCUGUGAGCAAAGCCCAACCCGGCCCACAUCCCAGGGAAUCCCCGCAGGAGAGACCUCCUGUCUGUGCACUCGCUGUGACCAAAGCCCAGUCCUGCCUGUGCCCCACAGAAUCCCCCCAGAAGAGCGACUGUAUAGAUGCCCCGAGUGCGAAAAAAGCUUCUGCUACAAGCAAGAAUACACGUGGCACCAGAGAGCCCACCUUGGUGAUAGGCUCCAUAAAUGUAGUGGGUGCGAGAAAAGCUUCCGCUCCAAGCAGGAGCUGGUCUGGCACCAGCGGGCCCACGCAGCGGAGAGGCCAUACAAGUGCAGCGAGUGUGAGAAGAGCUUCCACUACAAGCAAGAAUUUACCUGGCACCAGAGAGCCCACGUGGGCGACAGGCCGUACAAAUGCCCCACCUGCGAUAAGCACUUCCGCUACCAGCAAGAGUUCACAUGGCACCAGCGGAGCCAUGCUGGGGAAAAGAGCUACAAGUGCCUGGGCUGUGAGAAGAGCUUCCGCUACAAGCAGGAAUUCAUGUGGCACCAGAGGAUCCACGCGGGGGAGAACCCCUACCAGUGCCCCACGUGCCAGAGGACCUUCCGCUGCAAGCAGCAGUAUACGAGCCACCAGAGGAUCCACAGCGGGGAGAGGCCCCAUAGAUGCUCCGAGUGUGGUAAGAGCUUCAGCCGGAAUUCAGCCCUUCUUAAGCACCAGCGACUCCACACCGGGGAGGGACCUUACCGCUGUCCUGACUGCGAAAAGAGCUUCAGCCAGAGCGCAGACCUUCUCCAACACCAGAAAUCCCACGCACGCAGGAGAGCCCGGCUGGAUGGGCAGAAGCCUUCCGAGGGGAGGCAACCCCAGCAAGGCCCUAGCAAGGCUGCGGGCAGAGAGACCCUGUAAGCCCCCCGAGCCUGCAGCACGAUUCAGGGGGAGCACUCGCAUGUGGGAGCCCGAAGCAGGAGAGGAGCUCAGCUGAUGAACCCAGCACGUGAGAGCCUCACGCACAGGCUGAAGUCGCAGAGCCACGCGGGAAAGGCCUGGGAAGGGCUGUAGAGUCAGAGUCCCUUGGGGAGCCCAGGAAAGACACACACAUGGCAACGAGUUUGCAGUAGGUCCAGUAGGACGUCUCUUCCUGAAGGUGCUCAGAUACUUCAGUGAUGGGCAGCAGGCUAGAACCUGGGACUCCAGUGCCCCGUCUGGCUGCUGACUCUGUGCCUUCUUAUUGCUAAAUGAGUAGCUGCUCCAGUGCCCCUGGGACUAAGGUGCUCACGUGCUCCAGUCCUGCUCCCCUCACAUUGCAUUGUCAGCCUUAAAUAUGCCAGGAGAUCUCCAUUGCUGGGGCGAAACCAACAUGUUCAUGCAACAUUGUGGUGGAGGAUGUCAGUGCCACGGAGUCAGGAUGGUCGAAGUGCUGGGACUCGCAGCAGCCCUUAGCUGAGCCCUCUGGAUAGCGAUAACUCACAGCUGCAGGCAGGGUACUGGAGCGAUGAUGCUCUUCUCGCUUGCACCCCUGCCCCAAAUACUCAGAUCAAACCAUUUUGCUGCCACCCUGCAUCACACGUCAGAGUAAAGGAGGAGCUAUAUGGGUGCCUUGCUUACUGGUACUUUGCACAAGCAAGGUAACAGCGCCACCUCUAGAGGGCGAUCUCAUACUAACAUCAUGGGGCAUUUCUGCUACUUGCUGUUAUUUGACCCACCUGUACCCACUGCUGCAAAGAUCCCUCAGCGGGGAGGUCCUGAGCAUUGCAGGGGGCCGUGAGAGCUCAAAGCACAGUGUCCCACGUUCCUCAGAGUACAGCUGCUAUUCUCACCAGCUCUCUCUUCAGCUUCGGCCCCGCGUUCCUGUGCAGAAUGUGAUAUGGGAGCUGCGCUUCCCUAAGUGCCACCCUUUCAGAGGGUGCUGCAUGCACACAUUGUGCACCUCUCUGCUAGCUCGCGGGGGCUCGGCCGUGAUCCCUCCCUUGGCCAGACCCCUUUGGGGAAUCGAGUGCUGGAGCUAGAGUCACAGUCCAUCGGCUCCUUCCUGGAAGUGUGGCUGGCGCUGUGCAGAGGCGUUCUGGCUCCCUCUCACCACACACAGCCAGCUCCAUCAGGCGUUUUUCUCUACGACAUCUCAAACCCUCUUGUCAUGCCGUAGUCAGAACUUUUCCUGGGGCUAAAUUCUGUUACACGGAUGUAAAUCCUGAGCAACUCCACUGAAUUUUGUGGUGUUUACACUGCUGUAACUGGGAGCAGAAUCUGGCCCUUGACUUCAGAUCUCGUUCCUCCCUAGUGUUGCUGCAGGGCAGUGGGAGCAGUAGCCACCUCCACUCCUCGUCCUGUCUCCACCAUCUUGCGGAGCAUGAGAGAUACCUGUAGGAAAUGGGAUCUGCCACAUGUGGGGGGUUUGGACUGUCCCUUGUCCUGAUAUGGGCUGAAAUCCAUUGGAUGCAGUGGUGAGCUCCAGCCGGUUCACAAGAACCGGUUGUUAAAUUUAGAAGCCUUUUUAGAACCGGUUG